UCAUCAUGCUCGUUGGUCCGCAUGCGCGAAACUAAAGUCCCAAAUUCUAAGCCAAGUUCACACUGCAGGUUGCUGUGCUGCGUUCUAAACCAAGUGCAAGCCUUCGAUAUCUAUAUAAACUUUUUCCUAUCAGUCCAUAUUUCGCAUACCAGCGUUGCCUACACCUCUAUCUAUUCAUCUUACUAGAGCUAGCUUUACGUUCCUUGCCAUAGGGCAUUCUUCUUACAGAAAGAAAGAUCUCAUAAAGCUCUGAUAACUCUCUUUCCAGGUUUCCAUUUUCUUUGUUCUGCAACUUCCUUUGUAACUUUUCCACAAAAAAGCUUGUUUCUAAGUUUCCAAUGGCUUCCACUAGCUCCGAAACACCCUCUUCACCUGGUUGGAAAUUCGAUGUUUUUCUCAGUUUUCGGGGUGAGGACACCCGCCAUGGCUUUACAGACAAUUUAUAUGAGGCAUUUAUAUCGAAAGGCAUUGAAGCGUUUAGAGACAACGAAAAACUCCAACUAGGACAAGAAAUUGCUUCUGAGCUCAUACAAGCAAUAGAAAAAUCCCAGUAUGCAAUCGUUGUUUUCUCAGAAAAAUAUGCCGAUUCUAGGUGGUGCUUGGAUGAACUUGUUGAAAUUGUUGAAUGCAAAAAAAAUAAGGGACUUAAAGAAGUGGUGCCCGUCUUUUACCACGUAGAUCCCUCCGACGUACGGAACCAGACUGGGCCGUUUGAAAAAGACUUUGACGAACAUCAAAGAAAUGACAGAAUCGACAGGGAGAAGAUCCAGAAAUGGAAGGAUGCUAUGAGAGAAGUGGGGCAUUUAAAAGGCGAGCAUAUACUGCCACAUCAAACGUAAGAUCGUGGUUUUUUUUUAGUAGCAUUUUUUACACUG